AUGUCGUCCAAAAAACUUGUCAAACCUUUAGGAUUCACCGAGAUCCGCGGCGGGGGGCCAACACCUGUGGCAGACAUUGUUCUUGUACAUGGCCUAGGUGGACAUCCAGAGGACACCUGGACAUACCUCUCGAACACGACAACCCACAGUCGCCGCAGCCGCAGAAGACGCUUUUUUGGACGAGAGCGUCGAGAGAAUACAACCCCUGUUCGGCCAAAAAUAUUUUGGCCGAGAGAGCUGCUGGCCCAGGAUGUACAGAACUGUCGGAUCUUCACGUACGGAUAUGACUCCGAUGUCUUCAAUUUCCUGGGUUCGGUGAACCGGACAAAUCUCUACCAACAUGCAACCGAUUUGCUGGUUGCACUCACCGAUCAACGGCGUGAAACAGUCUUGAAGCAAUCGCAAGAUUCGCAAUAUAAGCCGGAUCUUCGAAGCGUUUACCAAUGUACGCAUGGCAUUGUCUUUCUGGGUACUCCGCAUCGAGGUUCGGAUUGGGCAUCUUUGGCCAAGAAUCUGGCCGUCUUCGCGCUGGGCAAAGCAAAUACCAGAUCGCUAAGGUCGCUGGAAGUGGACAGUGCGGAACUACAGCGGCUGAUGGACAAUUUUUCCGUCAUGCUUAAAGCAGACAAGGUCAAAGUCUGUUCGUUCGUCGAGUCUCUGGGUAUGACUGGCAUUCCAGGCUUCUCAGGAAAGGUUGUCGAGGAUUUCUCGAGCCGGAUCGGCGAUGCGGCGGAAAUCUCCCAGACACUACAUGCGGACCACCGAAAUAUGUGCAAAUAUAGUGGUCCAGAAGAUGCCAAUUAUCAGAAAGUGCUAGCUGUUUUGAAAGGCUUCGUGCGGGAAAUCGAAACACAGACUCGCAGUGUAACCACGACAUCUGGCAGUCAUGAGACUAUGUUUGUAGAGCUUCAAUCCGCCAUUGCCAGCAUCGAGCCACCGCAGUUUGAUAAGAUACUAUCAGAUAGUAAACAAGAAAUUACGAUUGAUAGUAGAUCCUAUGGAGACUUGAACAGUGGGCAGUUUGUAUGGGUCUUCGACAAUCUCGACUUCAAGGAGUGGCAGAGGUCCAGGUCACAACAAGUCUUAUGGAUUUCGGGGCCUCCGGAAUGCCGCCUGCGAGAAGUCUCAUCAAAUCUCGUCCACCGUGCAAAAGAGAACGCUGGCACUGCAGACCGCAUGAUGUUGUGCUUCUUCUGCUCGUUUGCAGCGAGAGAGGAAUCGAUCGCAACUGUAUUUGUUCACACACUCCUCGACCAAAUUCUUCGCUGUCUGCCCAUGGAAAAGCGAACAGAACGUAUCAGAAAAUUUCUACACUUCAUAUUGGCUAAGAAAAUAAAACAGAAAGGGGGCCUAGGUGAAAGUCAGGAGAACACUAGUAGGACAAUAGAUACGUUUCUUAAGGAUUUAAUUACUGAUCCUGCUAAUGACCUGUGGAGUGCUUUGGAGACGGUUCUAUUUACCGAAACUGAGCGGGAACUGACGAUUAUCGUAGAUGGACUGGACAAAGUGACGAAUCUAAUGGAGGAGUUUAUUGAGCAACUUCGCAAAUUUAUCGAGCUUGUCCAAGAGUCAAUGCCGAAAGCGAAAGUACUGCUGACCAGUCAACCGCUAUCCAAAAUCAAGGACCUGCUCAUAGGGUUUCCAUUCAUCGAAUAUGACAAAGAACGAAAAGAGUGUCUUUCUAGCCUCCACUUCAAUAAUACACGCUAUGGCAAGAUAUCUGGUGAACACAAGGGUUCCUUCGAAUGGCUUUGGACACAUGAGCAGUACACAAACUGGUCAACCGCAGACAACUCCCGACUACUUUAUGUGCAAGGAAAACCGGGAAGCGGGAAAAGCACGCUCACCAAAUAUUUCAGUGAGCAGGUCUUAAAGCAUGAGGCAGCUGGAGAUGAUCCUUCAGUGACGCCUGUCGUGGCCAAGUUCUUCUACAGUUACCGAGAAGGCGAACUCCAACGAAGUCACUACAGCAUGUUCCGCUCUAUACUGUACCACAUCCUCAUGCAGGAAGAGGCUUUCUUUUAUCACCGCUUCCAAGAGCUCUAUCGUGCCCAAAAUCACUGUCAAGGUCGCAUCGUCUGGGACUAUUCAUCACUGCAGGAAGCCCUAAAGUCAUUAGAGGAUUAUCAGACACGAAAACAACUAUAUCUCAUUAUUGAUGCUAUCGACGAGUCAGAUGAUAGUGACAGGUACAAGGUCCUCGACCUGCUCAUCAAGCUCUCUUCUAGAGCCAGACGCUGCGUACUCAAGAUCUUUGUCGCCAGCCGACCAGUGGAAGGACUCGAGCUUGGCGGUUUCCACAAUUCCAUUAAGUUACAGGACGAAACCAAAUUCGAUAUCUCCAUCUUUGCAAAUUCCUUCCUGGAAGGGCGUAAUCUGAGGCGUCCAUUGACACGAGCGAUAGAUUAUGUCGUUGAAAAGGCGCAGGGAGUGUUCCUCUGGGUACGGCUGGUGGGAGAGGAACUCCAAAUGAGGGUUUUUCAGUCCGAAGAACAAAUAUUUAUGUUUCUUCAUGGACUUCCGACCGAGCUCGAAUCAUUCUAUGGGCUCAUGCUGGCGAGGGCCAAGGGAGAUGCUUUGCACCGCGUCAAGUUGUUGCGGUUCGUCCUCUUUGCGAAGCGGCCGAUCACUGUCGACGAAGCAUGCCAUAUCCUCGCUGUCCCGGAUCGCUCUGACGCUGAGUUCCUGGUUUCGGAUGCCGUCUUCAGAAAGCGUAUUCCAGAUCACCUAUAUAUAAUUCAGUGUGGUGGUAACUUUCUGGAGAUUCGAGACAUUGAUGGAGGCAAAACUGUACAAGUCAUUCACCAGACUGCUCGCGAGUUUCUGCUCAAACAUAGCAAAAACACAGCUGGGUCGAAUUCUUGGGCCGAUAGGAAUGAUGCGCACAAGCACAUAUCAAUUAUCUGCCUUCGAUAUCUCAUGUUCUGUGCCAUCUGUGCCACAGAGGAUAUGCCAACAUGUACAUCCUCAAAUCUUGAUUAUUGGACAUCUGAAGAUUUCCAACGCUACACCAAGUACCUGGAUGAACGACCUGUUGCGGUUUAUGCUCUACAACAUCUCAGUCAUCACCUGAACAACUGUCUGGACGAUACAGAUGUUCUGAAUAUUCGUUCCCAGUGUCUCGGACUGCUGACUUGUAAUAUGGCGGCCGCUUACUUGCUGGAGAAGAGGAUCACCUCAUAUUUGAACACUACCAUUAUCGAAAAGAAUACAGAGCAGGUGGAGGCCGCACGUGAGUUCAGAGAUGAAGCACUCUAUGCUGCUGUUUGCAACAAUUUUCUUAUAGCAACGAAGAUAUUGUUGACACUUGGGUCCGAUGUCAAUUUGAAAGACGAACAUGAUCGUUCUUUACUAUCGCGCGCGGCAGCACACGGGUAUCGGGAUAUGGUUGCGCUCCUCCUCUCGCAACGCAAUGUAGUUGCCAACCCGAAGGAUGUCAAUCGCCGCACGCCAUUAUCAUUGGCGGCAGAGCGAGGAUAUGCAGCCAUCGUGGCAUUGCUAGUGAAUCGCACCGACGUCACAGUUGACUCGACAGAUACCAUGGGCAGAACUCCACUGUCAUUGGCAGCUGAGCAAGGGCAUACGCCUGUUGUGGCAUUGCUAGCAGACCACCGCAACGUUGAUCCUCAGCAGAGGGACUGUUAUAAGCGAACGCCACUAUCAUGGGCAGCGGAUCGAGGGCACGAGGGGGCCGUCAAACUAUUGCUGGGGGCACGAAGACUUGGAGUCACAGUUUGGAAAAAGGAUGCAAUUAUCAAUAUGGAAGAUGAUCAUGGAUGGACACCACUAUCCUGGGCCGCCUACAAAGGGCAUGUCUCUAUAGUGGAACUUAUGCUGAGUGCCGAUGGUGUGGAUGUGAAUCACGCCGGUCGUAACGGUAUGACACCACUGGCAUUAGCAGCGAGCAGAGGACAUACCUCUGUAGUGAAGCUAAUGCUGAGUGUCGAUGAUGUGAAAGUGAACCACGUCGAUCAUAAUGGUAUGGCACCACUUGCCUUAGCGGCGAGCAGAGGAGAUACCUCGGUAGUGGAGCUGAUGCUGAGUGUCGAUGAUUUGGAAGUGGACCAUAAAGACUUUAGAGGGAAAACGGCAUUGUCGUACGCAGCAGGAAGCGGUCACGAGGAAGUGGUGAGACUAUUAUUGAGCCGCAGUCUUUUGAACGUACAGGAUAUUGAGGGAUGGACUGCACUUUCUCGGGCUGCGUAUGAAGGCCACAGCGGAAUAGUGGAGAUACUAUUAGCGGCAGACCAGAUCGACGUGGAUUCUAAGGACAACGUCGGACUAACGGCCCUGUGGAAAGCAUCGAGCAGAGGAUACGACAUAAUCGUCCGGAUGCUCUUGCAGACACAACGCGCAGAUGUUAAUGUCAAAGACAUGGAUGGCUGGGGUCCUCUGGCAUGGGCUGCGCAGGAGAACCACACAGCAGUAGUCAAGUUGCUGCUGGCAGCAGACGGAAUUGAUGUGGAUUCCAGGGAUAGACGAGGACUCACUCCUCUCUGGUGGGCAGCAGAUAGGGGUCGCGAACCCAUAGUUCACAUGCUACUGGCGUCAGGAAAGGCGAAUGUACAUACAACAGACCAGGUUGGUCAAACACCUCUACUGAGGGCUGUAUGGAGAGGCCACAAGGCCGUGGUCAAGCUGCUUCUGGCGACGGGGGAAAGGGCAAUGUUCGAUGUACCGGAGAGAUGGGGAAGAACGCCGUUGUCAUUGGCGGUCGAAGGAGGAGAAGAGGCCAUCGUUCAAAUGCUACUGGCGACGGGAGUCGUGGAUAUACAUCGGAGGGAUGCAUGGGCCCAAGCACCACUUUCAAGGGCAGAAUCAGAAGGAAAGGAGACACUCCUAAAUAUGUUGCUUGCUGUAGAAAUGUGA